GAGGAGCUCUCUCCUGGGCGGACUGGUGCUAGGGGCCCGCCCCAGUCGCCGAAGGAGGACUGCCAGGGGGUGUGGCACCAACCGAAAAUGAAGAAAGGUUCCCAGGCUCCUGGGGAUCCUGCUUCUGGCUUCGAAGAAAGGCAGUGGCGGGAGGUGGAUGUGGUCCUAGACUGCUUCCUGGUGGAGGAAGACAGGCACCCUGGAAGUCUUGCCGGCAGUAGGACCGUGGUGGAGGCCUUGCUCGUGCUGAGGCAGGUACCAGUGCUGGAUGACGGCUCCCUGGAAGCCUUCACUGAUUUCCAAGGGGGCACACUGGCCAAAGACAACCCACCUGUUACCUUCGAGGCCUCAGUGAACUUGGUACAGAUUCCUCAAGCCGAGGCCUUACUCCAUGCUGACUGCAACGGGAAGGAGGUGUCCUGUGAGAUCUCCCACUAUUUCCUCCAGGCCACUGAGAAGAAAGCUUCGUUCAUCGCCAACGUGCAGGUACCCGGAGGGGGACCUAGUGUCUCCAUGGUGAUGAAGGUUCUCAGGGAUGCUGAGAAUGGGGCUGUCUUGCACCCCACACUGAAGCUGCCCCUGAGCCCCCAGGGGAUGGUGCAGACUGCAGUGGAGCUCCAAGUGACAACACAGACCCCAUUGCUGAAUUUCCUGCUGGGGUCCUCAGCCUCCCUGCACUGUGGCUUCUCCGUGGCCCCGGGCUUAGACCUGACUGGCGUGGAGUGGCGACUGCAACAUAAGGGCCACGGCCAGCUGGUAUACAGCUGGACCACGGGGCAGUGGCAGGCCAAGCGGGAGGGUGCCUCCCUGGAGUCAGAGCAGCUACUCCUGGCCGGGGAUGCCUCCCUCACCCUGCCUAGCCUCACCCUGAAGGACGAGGGGACCUACAUUUGCCAGAUCACCACCUCUCUGUACCAAGCCCAACAGAUCAUCCAGCUCCACGUCCAAGCUUCCCCCAAAGUACAACUAAGCUUGACAAACAAAGCGCUGCCACCCACCCUCAUCUGCAACAUCGCUGGCUAUUAUCCUCUGGACGUGACUGUGACGUGGAUCCGAGAAGAGCCAGGUGGAGCCCCAGUCCCCGUCUCUGGGGCCUCCUUCUCCAGCCUCCGACAAAGCACAGCGGGCACCUACAGCGUCUCCUCCUUCUUGAAGGCAGAACCUGGCCCUGAAGGCACCACUUACACCUGCCAGGUCUCCCACAUCUCCCUGGAGGAGCCCCUUAGGUCUACCGCCUGGGUUGCCCCACCAGAGCAGAAAACGGCCUUUGGAGUCCUCUUGGCCAGCAGCCUCUUCCUUCUUACACUGUUGUUCCUGGGGCUCCAGAGAUGGCCAGCUCCCUCACCGAGGUCUGCCAAGACGCUGAGGCCCUCUCGGUAACCACUCUCCUGCCUCAGUAAGAAGAAAGAGUAGUCACAUUCUCCCAGAAGGACCCUAGCCAAGUGUCAGAAAUCAAAAAGGCCUGAAGAAAAGCAUGAGGAAGGCACAGGUCACAGGGGCUCGGGCUCUGGCUCUGUGCACGUCUCUGCCUGCCUUCAUUGUGUCCCUGGGCUGAACACCAAGGGAGAAAACGUGAAGAGGUGAGAGGGUGGUAGGAAGGCAGAAUGUCUGUGUGGAGGUUAAAAAUAAGCCUGUGGUAGGAAAAGAAAAUGGGAAGACAUUAAGAAAGGAGCAAGUGAGGGGCCGGGGGGCAAAAGGGUGGGGGUUGGGCCAUCACAUGCAAACAUUUGAACUCUGUCCAAAUAAAAGCCCCUUGUGUCCUCAGAAACAAAGCUUUUCCACGUUGCCAUCUUUCCCCACACUGGACCCAAAUGAGCCCUGUCCCCAAGCCUAGCCAUGCCGCCGACUCACAGAGUGUUCAAGGUGUCAAACGAAGGCCCUCAGAGGCAGCCUUGGGGCGCCACGCCAGUUGCUCUGUGUACCCUUGAGCUGCAAUU